GGCUCUUUACGUUUACCUUGUACGGACUCAUCCCUCCAUCACUCCAUGGCAGACAUUGAAGAUGGUUCAAAUGAGAAGCCUCGCUCGCUUAUGAAUCUCAAACGGUUGCAUUUUUGGCUCCAAUUGGCUCUUAUUGUGGUUUUCCUUGUUGGUCAGGCAGCUGCUGUUAUUCUUGGAAGAAUUUACUAUGAGAAAGAUAUACACAUCACUUGUAGCCACUGGUAUCUCUACCAUCGGGCUGUUUGCUAGUGGGGAAUGGAGGACUCUGUCGGGAGAAAUGCACGCCUUCACCACAGGAAAAGCCGCCUAUGUGCAGGUUCUGGUAUGGACAGCCUUGGGAUGGCAGAUUGGUGCAGUUGGCAUCUUGGGUUUAAUUGUUGUGGUGUCCUCCUCGCUCUUCUGCGUUGUUAUCAGCACACUCUCUUUGGCUGUUACUCCCAUCGCUUCGGUGAUCAUCCUGCAUGAGAAGAUGAAUGGUGUCAAGAUGAUUGCUUUGCUAAUCGUAAUGUGGGGCUUUGGAAAUUACAUUUAUCAGAAGUACCUGGAUGAUACCAAGUAUCAUGACGUACAGCAAGUUUCCACCCUCGUCAGUGAAGAGAACAAGCUCACCUGUGAAAAGUACAAGCUCGUCAUCUUAGGAGACGUGUUUGUCGGCAAAAGCAGUAUCAUCACUCGCUUUGUGAACAACAAGUUCCAUAACGAAUACAAGCGAACAAUUGGCGCUGAUUUCCUGAUAGGGUAUCUUAAAGAUCGUAAAGUUAGACUGCUGCUUUGGGAUACUUCAGGGCUAGAGAGAUAUAGGAUUCUUAUACCUAGCGUCAUCGAAAACUCAGUUGUUGCUGUUAUUGUGUACAAUGUUACAAGUAGGCAGUCCUUCCUUAAUACUACAGAGUGGAUUGAGAAGGUUCGGGCUACCCUUGGGAGUACUGAUGCUAUCAUUGUUCUUGUUGGGAAUAAAACUGACCUUAUUGAAAAAAGACAAGUUUCAAAAGAGGAGGGAGAAGCUAAAGCAACGGAACUAAAUGUCAUGUUUAUUGAAACCAGUGCAAAGGCUGACUUGAAUAUAAAGGCGCUAUUUAAUAGUAUAAUAGGUGAAGCCUUGCGGCCUACCCAAGCAGCAUGAAUGGAGACAUUAUCGUGAUAAAUGACUAAAAUGUGCG